UCCAGUGUCGCACAGUCGUGCACGUGUUGAUGUUUAUUUCGUAUUUAUUCUCUCGCUCAAUUUAGUAUCGAGUAAUUUAAAUAUUCAUAUGGAUUUAUUUUGAAACAUAAUCUGAGAAUUAUUGAUACAGCAGAAACAUCAAGAUGGUUGCAAUCGGGAAGAAGAAGUAUCAAACAGGAGAGGGUGCGCAAUUCAUGACCCGUAAAGCAGCCCUGAAAAAGCUCCAACUGUCUCUCAGUGAAUUCCGAAAACUGUGUAUAUUAAAAGGAAUAUAUCCGAGGGAGCCAAGAAAUCGGAAGCGUGCCCAGAAGGGAAAGAGUGGUAUAAAAACACUGUACCACGUCAAGGACAUUCAGUUCCUGUUGCACGAGCCAAUAGUAUGGAAACUGCGAGACUACAAAAUAUUCAACCGAAAGGUCGGGAGAGCGAAGGCGAUGAAGGACUUUUCAGCAAUGAAGAGAUAUCUGAAUAAUCACCCUACCCUGAAGCUCGAUCACAUCGUCAAGGAGCGAUAUCCAACGUUCAUUGACGCCUUGAGGGAUCUGGAUGACUGUCUGACACUUUCUUAUCUAUUCAGCACAUUCCCAUCGAUGGCACACGUCCCCAGGGAUCAAUCAGCGCUGUGCAGAAGGCUCACCAUCGAGUUUAUGCACGCCUGCAUUGUGGGAAAAUACCUGAGGAAGGUUUUCGUCUCCAUCAAGGGGUACUACUACCAAGCGGAGAUCAAGGGGCAGACCAUCACCUGGAUCACCCCUCAUCAUUUCUCGUUCGAACCUCAGUCGAAGAAUGAAGUUGAUUUCCGAGUCAUGUCGACAUUUGUUGAAUUUUAUAUUACGAUGUUGGGAUUUGUCAACUUCAGGCUCUAUCAUCAGUUGAACCUACAUUAUCCACCCAAGUUUAAUUCGUAUGGUAAUGACGAGAAAUCACUUGUCGACGAGGAAGCCUACGUAUCCGAGCGUAUAGGCGCUCUGAACAUCCCCCUGAUCCGCCUGGACCCAACGACCCAAGCCGCUGAGGAAGAAGACGUUGAUCUCGACAACUUCUCCACCGAGACCGACGAGACAAAGCUCGAGGAGGCGCGUGUGGAGGCAGAAAAGCUCAAAAAGCUGAAAACCCUCUUCAAAGGCAAGAAAUUCUUCCUGAAUCGCGAGGUGCCACGUGAGCCACUGGUCUUUGUGAUCAGAUGUUUCGGCGGGGAGGUCUCCUGGGACAAGCUCUCCUUCGUGGGUGCAACAUUUGACGAGAACGACGAGUCCAUUACUCAUCAUAUCGUCGACAGACCCAGGAUGGACAAACAGUACAUCUCGAGGUACUACGUUCAGCCCCAAUGGGUCUUUGACUCUGUGAAUGCUAGGGAACUUCUUCCAGUCGAGAAUUACCUCAUGGGGGCAGUGUUGCCCCCUCAUUUGUCACCUUUCCACAAUGCUCAGUUGGAUCAGGUCUACAUGCCUCCGGAGGAACGGGCCCUCAUCGAUCCUUCGUUCAAGUUGAAUGUUGGAGGCGAUGAACAGUCUGAAGACGAAGAAGAGGGUCAGGAAGAGAAUGACGACGAGGGUGGGGAGGAUGAGGAGGAGGAGGAGAUCAUCGAAGCAACUGAUGAAGACGAGGAGACAGAAGAUGAUGAGGAUGAGGAAGAUGUUGAGGAUGAUGAAGAGCAAAAGGUUCAACCCAAGAAGGACACAAACCAACAGAGGAAAAAGGGAGGGCAGAAGCAGAUGGCGAAUGACGAGGAAGAUAAUGAGGAUGAUAAGGACCAGGUAAAGAAUACUAAGAACGACAGAGAGCGGGAGAGAUUGGCUAAGAUGAAAGCGAUGAAAGUCAAACCUGGUGCAGUCCUCCAGGAAGACCCUUGGGCCAAGGCGAAACAGGAGAAGCAGGAGUUUCGACUUCGCGAGAAAAUGAUUAAGAAGAAGCACAGGAAGUUGUAUAAGAGCAUGAUGAAGGGACGUGAGGACAGGGCUAAGGACAUUUGGUUGUUGAGGAAGAAGAGGAGGAUCCAUGAGGAGGGAGAGAAGGAGAAGAGGAAGGACGAGAGAAAAACGAAAAAAAUCAAAUCUGCUUAAUAAACAUUUUAUUUUUUUAUUAUUAGUUGAUUCGAGAGAAAGUAGGUGAAUAAAUGGAAAAUAAUGAACACAA